AAGAGUGGAGAGGAGAGCGAGAGGAGCGGGCAGAUGCUGCCAGUGAAGCACGUUUUUCUGCUCUACCACUGCGCGAACAGCCAAACACUGGUCUACAAUCUAGAUCUACGAUCUGAAUAAUUAGUGAAAUAAUUCCUAUAAAUACGACUCAGGGAAAAAGUUUUUUUUAAAUUUAUGUUGUAGGCGUACGUGUCUUUCUUCUUUUUUAUUCCCUGCCAACCCGUGGAUGGAAUGAUCUGCUUUUUCUCUUGUGUUGUUUCCACUUCAGCAUGGGAACUGCAGUGUCCAAAAGGAAGAAUUUAAGGAACGAUGCGAUAUCUUCUGUGGCCGCAAAAGUUAGAGCAGCCAGAGCUUUCGGAGAGUACCUGUCUCACACACAUCCAGAGAACCGCAACGGGUCAGAUCAUCUGUUGUCCGACACUUUCAUCGCCCAGGACACAGAGUCCCCUGACAUCAGCCGCCUCCACGACAAUAGCCUGUCUCCCCAGAGUCGCUUUGUGACAGUAGCCAAGACCAUCCAGCCCCAGGCACAAGUCCAACCACAGACUCAGCCCCAGUCCCAGCUCCAGUCCCAGCUCCAGUCCCAGGCCCAGGCCCAAGCCCAGGCCCAGGCCCAGACCCAGACCCAGACCCAGGCUCGGCUCCAUCCCCAGCCCCAACUCCCUCCACUGUCCAGCGGUCUCCAGGCUUCUGCCCCCUCCAAGCGCCGGCUCUCCGUGGAGCGUAGCUUCUCCUCUGAGGAGCAGCCUGUUCCCAGGUGCCCAGAGGUCAGCGUGAAGCCAGCGCGAGUCUACACCAUCACCAGGGAAGGAGGCAUGCUGGGGGGCCAGGGCAGCGCCGACAGCCUGGAGCUGGAGGUGCUGAAGGGCUCCAGGGAGGGGCCUUUAUCUCAAACCACGGCCAAUCAACAGCCCCGCAACCACCAUCGGGGAACCAACUCCCGCGGUAACCAUCACCACGGAGCCCACUACGGGUCGUCCCAGUCUCAGCCACUCCAGAGCUCAGGCAGCGCACACAACAUCCGGGACUGGGGGGUAAGGAGAGGAGGUUCCCGGGAGGACUGCAGCCCGGAUUGUGUGACAUGCAUCCGGGCUCCGUGUCAGAGCCAGCGGUCCCUGGACCUGGACACCUCUCCUCGGGAUGGAGGGAAGCAACGCAAGAAGCUGGAGAGGAUGUACAGCGAGGACCGGUGCUCCACCGACGACAGGGAAGACAAUCCUAAUAGCUGGUUUCCGAAAGAGAACAUGUUCAGCUUCCAGACAGCAACCACCACCAUGCAGGCAAUAUCGGCUUUCCGGGGCAUUGCCGAGAAAAAGAGGAGGAAAAGGGAACAGGAGGCAACUGCCACCAUGGAGAGAAACUUCCGGAAGCACCUCAGAAUGGUGGGCAGUCGCAGGAUCAAGGUUCAGACAUUCGCCGAACGCCGUGCCAAGAGUUUCAGCCGUUCCUGGAGUGACCCCACCCCCAUCAAGCCUGACUCUCUCCAUGACUCCAGAGACAGUGGGGACCUGCAGGCCUCCUCGGGGGCGUUAGAUGAAGAGCUGUGCGAGGACGCCGACUGGGAAGAGGAGAGAGAGGCGGAGCAAGCAGCGUGCCAAGGAGACGACUUCAUCCCUCCCAAAGUCAUGCUGAUAUCUUCCAAAGUGCCCAAGGCAGAGUACGUUCCCAAUAUAAUCCGAAGGGAUGACCCCUCCAUCAUCCCAAUCCUCUAUGAUCACGAACAUGCUACAUUUGAUGAUAUUAUUGAAGAGAUAGAGAAGAAGCUGGCUGCCUAUAGGAAAGGCUGUAAAAUAUGGAACAUGCUCAUCUUCUGUCAGGGCGGGCCUGGACACUUAUACCUGCUCAAGAACAAAGUUGCCACCUUCGCCAAGGUGGAAAAGGAGGAAGACAUGACUCAGUUUUGGAAGAGACUCAGCAGGCUGAUGAGCAAGCUGAACCCUGAACCCAACCUCAUCCACAUCAUGGGCUGCUAUGUCCUUGGGAGCGCCAAUGGAGAAAAGCUUAUUCAAAAUCUGAAGAAGAUGAUGAGGCCGUACUCCAUUGAGUUCAAGUCCCCACUGGAACUGUCUGCACAGGGUAAGGAGAUGAUCGAGAUGUACUUUGACUUCCGUCUCUUCCGCCUGUGGAAAACUCGCCAACACUCCAAGCUCCUCGACUACGACGACCUUCUGUGACACGUCUGACCCUAUUUGAGCCAAUCGGCGGUUAGCUUCUAUCUCAUCCUUUAAAAGCCUAUGUUUGGGGCGUUGCUUGAGAUGGCCUGAGCAGAGGUGUUUUGUACUCUGCUCAACCUUCCAGACAGGGUUCAGCCACUGUAGCUUUGUUCAGGUUAUUUGGGGCACUCGACUUUUCGGGUGUGAAGCCAAGUGGGUGAUUGUGUUUGCGACUGUGGCAAGGUGUACAUUUCCCCAUUAUUUUUCAACCUUCACUGAUCUCCUCGGCAGAUAGCGGAGACGGAGGGAGGGAAGGGAGAGAGACGUGGAGAGACUCGUCAUUUAGCCUACAUGUGUCAGGAGACGCUAAAUAGAGUUAGGUUUUGCAUUUGCUUUGAGGUGAGGCGGAAGAGAGGGAGGCGAGAGCUUCCUGUACAAAGAUGGAAGAGAUUUUUCUGAGGAAAAAAAGAUGGGGGUGAUUCCCCAUAGCUUACCUGUCUACAGUUUGAGGAAGGAAGCAAUUGAAUGAAGAGUGAUUUCCAAGGUCUAGAACUAGGUCACUCCUAGAAACUAGAUAUGUAUUUAACAUGCUUGACAGAGCAUUAGGAAAUAGAUUUUCAACAUUUCACAUGAAAGGUUGGUAUUUAAUAUUCAAAUAAUUUACAGAAUAUCUAUUAUAGAAACACUUUUAUUUUUCACUAACUGUAUAUGUUUUGUAUUUGGACUGUUGGAAUAACUCAGGUUAACGUUAUCCCAUAUUUAUUACUGAGCCUUCCACCACACCAUUGUAAUGGAACACAAGAUAAUUUGUUUCUGGGUGUCUCCAUCUCAUUGGGGAUCUCAGGAUGGGGGUCGGGGAAAUCAAACAUGUGUAUCAAUACAUACAGUACAUCUGUGUGAGUUUCUUAGAUUUUCCAUAGACUAGGUCAACUGUAGCCUUUUUUCUCAUUAGCAAUUUUAAUCUUAUGUCCUUUGCAAGGAGAUACAGAUAUUUAAUAGAUAUCUUGAGCUCUGAGGGAUUGGUUGUAAUCCCUUUCAGAAUUUUGUACUAUACUAAUAAAUAGUAAGACUUAAUAUAUAUGACAGUGCAACCCUUUAUACUAUAACCAGGCUAGAACAAGGAGACAGCAGCUGUAAUAGGCGACUAAUAUAGUCUCUCACUGCGUCGGUACUGUAAUUAUAGCUAUUCUUCUAUACGUUGUUCAUAAUCCUAAAUUAUUCCUAUUACUACUUCAUACUUCAGUCUAGCCUGAUGUCUUUGCUUCCUUUUUGGAAUACCAUAUGCACAGUGUCUGACAGACUUAACAUCAAACUCAAAGAUAACAGAUAUAAAACAAUAUUAAUGUACCCCUUUGAAACAACAACAAACUGUAGAGAGAGAAGAGAGUUUUCUUUUCUUCUGUUCUAUACCUACUGUCCUACUUUGCCUAAACACAUCCUCAUGAAACCCACACCCCAGAUCUCUUAUCUCCUGAUACUGUAAUUGCGUUGUUUAUAUGUAACUGUUGAGUCCCAACGGAUGCUAGUGUUUCAGUUGGGGAUGGAGUGGGUGUGAUGCACUUAUAUGUACCAUGGAUAGGAGGGGCUCUCAUGGAAGCUUGAUUGCUGUGAGAGUUUGCUUAAGGGUUAGACUAACACAAUUGAGAGUGCUAUUUUUCAUUUCCCCUCUAAAGUGUUCCACUAAAACAAAUAAGAGUACAACAAUUCUUCAUUUGCUUGUGCCUGCCUGUGCUUGUGUGUGCCAGUGUGUAUGUGUGUGCCAGUGUGUGUGUGUGUGUGGUCCAGUGUGUGUGCUGUGAGUGUGUGUGGUCCAGUGUGUGUGCUGUGAGUGUAUCAGUCAGUGUAAUGUAGCUGUUGCAAGGGCACUGAACUAUGAGGGUUGUGUGUCUGUGUUUAUUCUCAUCUGAGGGGAUCAGAGAAAGACAUCUUGUGUUGAGCUUGUCUUCAUGCACCAAUGUUGCUAUGGAAAAUGAUAGAGAAGCAGAGAACAGAGGGAACAUAAACUCUCUCUAUUUUUUUUUCCACCAAUUAAAUUUAAAUUUAAUAACAUUUUUUUAUUAUUAAGAAGCAGUUAUCGCAUACGAUUUCACACAACUGAUCUAAAAAAUAUCUACUUUCUCCCAGUCUUUACCGAGGUGUCCAUUUGAGAUUUGAAGUUUGUGUUUCUUUCCUACUCUGUAUUGUCAAACAAGCUUUCUUUAAUAAUUGUUCAAUUAUAAGUGUUUUCAGUAAGCCAGUAAUGUAGCACUUUUUUAAUUGACAUUUUCAACACGUUGACAAUAUUUGUGUGAUAGGGUCAGAAGACCACCUGCACAGUCCACACAGCACUGUUCAAAUGUUUGCAGGCUAGCUACAUUAACUAUGUACUUGUUUUAGACAAGGCUGUGGUUCUUUAUGCUACUAUAUAUAUAUGUGUGUGUGUCUGUUAUCUCCCAAUUUAUACCCUGUAGCAAUAUACAGUGUAAUGUUUCUUGUACAGUUUUAGAAACCCUCUUUUACUUUGCCUUGUUUUGAUCCUAACAAGACAGUUCUUGUGUCCUCCAUACUUGGGAAUGGAACAUUUGAGGUGAAGUACUGAAGAUGGGAGUGCAUCUUCGCAACUCUCACAACAAAGAACACAAUCUCUGUGUAGUCUAAAUGUAAUUCCUGCUUCCUCUUCUGCACACAGCUGUCUUUUAGUCAUCUCUGUCUGAAGGAAAAACCCAGACUAAUUAACAGUUAACGUGUCAAGUCAUUAAUACAGUAGCUAGCAAAUAAACAACAUACAUUAUUUUAUAUAUAGUAAAUUAUGUGCUUAUUUUGUUUUAUUAUAGAAUUAGAUAGUAACUGAAAAGCUUUUCACUUCAUCAUAGAUUAAUGGUGUUUGGCUACAGAGGGUUAAUACUGUAUAUGUACAGUGAAUUCACCAGAUGUCAUUAACCUCUCCCUCACUCCUUGGCAUUAUGUUGAUGUAUUUAAAAAAUGUAUUUGAAAAUCCACUUACUGUGGUGUUAGCGGAGGAAGAAGCAGAGGACAGAAAAUGUAUAAUUUGAGGACACCAGGGAAGAUAGCCAACACAUUAACAACAUCUUCAGCUGUCUAAGGCAUCUCUGCUGAUAGAGCUGAUAGAGUCUGUGGAGGAUGACAUUCGGCUAAUAAAUAGCCUGUCCUCGCCAUACACACAGAUAAGAUUGAAUCCUUAGAAUCCUUAGAAUUGAAUUACACUAGACCUGGCCAAACAAGCCAAGCACUCUGCUCUGAGUUUGACUUAUAAUCCUAGGCCAGUGAAGCGGAUAUUUCCAAUUUCUAUAAUUACACAAAUCAAAAAUUCACAUCCUGAUUUCGAUCAAUACGAAAUGUUUUAGUCAGCAAUGAGCAAAUAAGACAUUUACAUCCACUUCCUGUGAGUGAAAAAAAUGUGUCUGUCCCCUGUGGCUCCAUCAGUGUAUCUAAAGAGAUUGCCUUGUGCUCUCUGGUGAGGAUGAUUGAGUUUGAUGAUGAUUGAUUGACGCUGCUUUGAUUGCACUGACGCCUUGUCGGGUGAUGAUUGUAUUUUUGGAAGAAGGGAGACUUAUAUUGUGUAGCCAUGAUCUUACUUUUACUGCAAAGUUAUUUACAGAGAAUUCGAUUUUCCAUUGCAUACUACAAAUGAAAACAAAUGAAAAUGGUGUUAUUAUAAACCUUUAGUGAGGUUACUGUAAAUCUCCAAAUGUCUUAAUCAAAGUAUUAUUUUAAUAUUAUAAUUAUGCUAGAGAUGAUUAUAAUGUCCUUCCUGCGAUUUUGAUACAGGACAUGAAAACAGGUGAUGUUCCUUUACUUAGAAUAGCAAUGUACUAUGUAUGAGACUUUGAAUUCCAGGUGGAAACUUUAUGUUCAUUCUUAUACCAACAGUGCAGGAUGUUUUCCACUGUCCAAUAAUGGUGGUAGUCGGUAAAAAUGUUUUUAAAGCGUUUUUUCAGUAAAAAUGUAUCCAUCGGUGA